CGGGUUUUUCAACCAUCGCUUCGGGCAUUGGUUUGCAGUGGCCGAGGAGCAUAUUUUGCGAGAUACAGAAUGGCCUCUCUCGCUGCAGAUGUUGCGUUGGCGGACAGUAAUGGUGCGAAGAGAUAUGCUGAGACUCCUCCGCGGAGUGAGGAGCAAGGGCGGGGAAGCUACAGAUUCAAGAAUAAGAGAAUGAGAAAGGGUCAUGGUGAUAGUAGUCAGAUCCUGCAAACAAAUGGGAGUAAUGAGGAGAUUCUCCUGGAGGAUGUGAAGGACUUGUUGAACAGUAUGGAUUUGGGAAAGGAAGAGGGUAUGGAAACCGUUCUCCCGGAACGGCUGUCUGAGGUCGAAGUUUCCAUCAAGCAAAUUUCUUCUACUGGAGAUGGACUGGGCUUUGCGAAGGAUUCAAAGCAAGUUUACGUUGUCCCGUUUACAGCACCCGGAGACAAUGUCACAGCAAAGGUGUUCAAGCAUUUCGAGAAAGAAGGAUACUCCAUGGCCGAUUUCAUCCGCGUUAAUAAGCCUUCUCCACACCGGAAUGAAUCUCUCAUUAAAUGUUCUUACUUUACGACCUGCUCAGGGUGCCAAUUCCAAAUGCUUCCAUACGACUACCAACUCGCGCACAAGAAGUCUAUUGUAGAGAAGGCAUAUAAGAACUUCUCCAACCUACCUCCGGAACUUAUCCCAGCUAUAGGCGACACUAUUGGAUCACCUUUGGAGUAUGGCUACAGGACAAAGCUAACACCACAUUUCGACGGCCCACCAGAUUCCCGCAGGAGCGAUGGGAGGAAUGGAAUCAAGCGCACGUUCAAAGAAGUCCCACCCAUUGGCUUCAUGAAAAAAGGCACCCGCCAAACCAUCGACAUCGAAGACUGCCCCAUCGGCACCUCCGUAGUUCGAAAAGGCAUGUAUCGGGAACGGCAACGCAUAGCCCAGGAAAUCGGAAACUACAACAAAGGUGCCACAGUCCUCCUCCGCGAAAACACCGCACGAAUUCCAAAGUCCGAAUGGGAUGAAGCUCAAAAUACCCCCGACUCUGUGAUCGAGGAAAAGGGAGAAUUCAUCUACAAAAAAACCUGUAUAACCGACCCUAAGGCUCAAACCACAGAACACAUCCCCCCCUAUCAAUUCACCAACCCAGCAGGUGCAUUCUUUCAAAACAACAACUCCAUCCUCCCGCGCUUCACCCAAUACAUCCGCUCGCAUAUCCUUCCUCAAACACCCUCCUCUCACCCCAAAAUCCACCACCUGAUCGACGCAUACUCCGGCAGCGGACUCUUCACAAUAACUCUCUCCUCCCUCUUCACAACUUCUCUCGGUAUCGACAUCUCCCCCGCAAGUAUCACUUCCGCCACCCAAAAUGCAACCCUCAACUCUCUCCCCGCCUCGCGCGCCAAAUUCAUCGCAGCGGAUGCCUCACAUCUCUUUAGCUCGAUCACGACGCCUGCCCGCGAAACCGUGGUCGUCAUCGAUCCACCCCGCAAGGGCUGCGACGAGAGCUUCCUGCGCCAAUUAGUCGGAUACGGACCCGCGAGAAUCGUGUAUGUGAGCUGCAACGUGCAUACGCAAGCGCGGGAUAUAGGGGUGUUGGUUGGGGGGAUGAAGGGGGUUGAUGGCGGGUUUGGGGUUGGUGAGGGAGGCUAUGAGAUUGAGAGUAUUGUGGGGUUUGAUUUCUUUCCGCAGACGGGACAUGUUGAGGGUGUUGCGGUCUUGAGGAGGAAGACGGAGUGGAAUAGUGGUGGGAUGGAGGAGAGUGAGAUCAAAGAGGAUGAUAACAAGAAUGAGGAAAAGACUGAAGGUGCUUGAGUAGGGAGGGCAUCCCGUCCCAUACUAUCCAUCCAGAUAUUUAAGCAAGGAUAUCUGCUAAAUAUGAGUUGAGAGCGAUAUAAAC